AAUGAAGUUAGAAUUAGAUUAAAAAAAUAAAUAUUUAGAAUAAAUUAUAAGUCUCAAAUAAGAACGUUAUCAUCAUAAUCGAAAAGAAUUACUGUAUCAUAAAUUAUAAAAUAUAGAGUAAUAAUUACAUAAAUGGAAUCAGACUCGUAAAAACAUUGAAUUGUAAACUGAUUUUCCUAAUUCUAGCAUAAAAAAGGCAAAACAAUAAUAUUUGUGUGAGUAUUACAAUUCACAACUAUCCUCAAAGCCUAUUUAAACUAGAUAAACUUAAUAUAAGAAUACUAGUUUUCAUGAUUUUCAAUAAACAAAAACCUAUGUCAGAAAUGCUUAAUCUUAACCAAGAAAACAAUCCUUUUUCAAUAUCCAAUAUCAAAAGAAAAUUAACGAAGUAAUUAUAUUAUGCUAUCUUUUUUUAGAUUGAAAAAAGAGUACAUGUCAUGUAAAGAAAACUCAAAUUAGGUAACUUGGAUUCACAAGUAUCCAAUUCCUUUUAAAUACUUAUUUAAGAUUAUUCCUAAUGAUUAUCCUACAUUAACUUAUAUUUCAUAAAUAUUUAUUUUUAAAUAAAACUGCAAAUCCUUCUUACCCAAAACUAUGAUUUCAGCUCACCUUCAUGUAUACUUUAUUAAUAAUAAACAUCAUUAGGUCGGAUAAUCAUAACCCCAUACAUCAGAAGCUCCAGUCUUAUAAUUCUUGGGUAAAUCUAAGAAGCGUAAACGUCGUUCACUUGACACCAACGAUUGGAUUUCUUUACACGACCACAAAAUUAAAGGCAAUUCCCAUACCUAAUACCUCAUUAGACUUAAAGUCGACAAUGUUGUAUGGUCUUUCUGGACUAGAUAUAGUAUGUUAUCUGAGCUCCAUUAAACCCUUGAUGAAGUGAUCAAGUCUCAAUUACCCACUUUCCCAGAAAAAAGACUCUUUGGUAAUCUUAAUCCCAAUUUCAUUUAAACCAGAAAAUCAUAACUUGAUAUCUAUCUUUAGGUUCUUAACCAAUCUCUUAUAUAUUUAGGCCCUCUUUAAAGAUCCUUAUGUACGUGAUUCCAAAGUAUUUUAAGACUUCAUUACGAAUUCCAAAUAAAAAGCCUUCAAAAAAGCUGACCUUGAUUCCCUUCAUCGAUUUAAAUUGGAUGUUUGAAAUAUAUAUAAAAUUAGAGUAUUAAUGUUUUUAUUGCUUCUCUUAGCAUUUGUCCAUCCAAUACCAAUUUCAGAUCAAAUUUAACCUACCUUCCUCAAUAAUCUUGACAUAUAAGAAGCCAGUAAACCUAUUUAAACCAAGUAAGUAUUUUUAUUAGAAAUUGCGGAUUUUUUUUAAGGAACACCUUUCUAUAAUUUUCUAGGUUAUUUUACAUUUCUUAUUUAUUUAGACUUAGAAAAUAAGGACAAUUAAACCAAAAGAAUAGUAAUUGCCACUGUUUUGUCAAUUUUUCUGAUAGUCGUUUUGUGCGUGAUUAUCUAAUUCAUAUUGGAUAUAGCCAAACAAUCCAACAUUUAAUUAAGUAUUGAAAAGAAGUCAAACUUGUCUGAUUGA